ACAGCGAGCGAAGACCGCCGCAGUAGCGGGGGCCUGGACUCGACGCCCCCCCGGAGUUCGAGUCGCCGCACCAUGCCCGGGGUGUCCGAUUCAGGCCCGUCCACCUCCUCCACGGAGACUGCGACCCCGUGUGCCAGGAAGAAAGUGCAUUUUGGUAGCAUACACGAUGCAGUACGUGCCGGAGAUGUAAAGCAGCUUUCAGAAAUCGUACAACGUGGUGCCAGCAUUAACGAAGUUGAUAUUCUCCAUAAAUUUACCCCUUUACAUUGGGCAGCACACUCUGGCAGUUUGGAGUGUCUUCAUUGGCUUCUCUGGCAUGGAGCUGAUAUCUCACAAGUAACUGUGCGAGGCUGGACAGCAGCUCACAUAUCUGCUAUCAGGGGCCAGGAUGCUUGCAUGCAGGCUCUUAUAAUCAAUGGAGCCAACCUGGCCGCUCAAGAUGAUCGUGGGUGCACUCCUUUACACCUUGCUGCAACACAUGGACAUUCUUUCACUUUACAAAUAAUGCUCCGAAGUGGAGUGGAUCCCAGCGUGACUGAUAAGAGAGAGUGGAAACCUGUGCAUUAUGCAGCUUUUCAUGGGCGGCUUGGCUGUUUGCAACUUCUCGUGAAAUGGGGAUGUAGUGUAGAAGACGUGGACUACAACGGAAACCUUCCAGUUCACUUAGCAGCCAUGGAAGGCCACCUUCACUGUUUUAAAUUCCUACUCAGUAGAAUGAGCAGUGCCUCCCAAGGUUUGAAAGCCUUCAAUGAUAAUGGAGAAAAUGUAUUGGACCUGGCCCAGAGGUUCUUUAAGCAGAACAUUUUACAGUUUAUCUGGGGGGCUGAGUAUGAAGGAAAUGAUCCAACAGAUCAAGAAACAUUAGCAUUUCCAGGUCAUGUGGCUGCCUUUAAGGGUGAUUUGGAAAUGCUUAAGAAAUUAAUAGAAGAUGGGGUAAUUAAUAUUAAUGAGCGUGAUAAUAAUGGAUCAACUCUUAUGCAUAAAGCCGCUGGGCAAGGCCAUAUAGAGUGUUUGCAAUGGCUGAUUAAAAUGGGAGCAGACAGUAACAUUACCAACAAAGCUAGGGAGAGACCCAGUGAUGUGGCUAAGAGGUUUGCCCAUUUAGCAGCAGUAAAGCUAUUAGAAGGACUACAGAAAUAUGAUACAGAUGAUGAGAAUGAAAUUAAUGAAAAUGAUAUUAGGUUUUUUAUAAGACAUGGUGUUGAGGGAAGCACUGAUGCCAGAGAUGAUUUAGGUCUCAGUGAGUCAGAUAAAACAGAUGCCAGAGUGAGAGCUUAUAAGAAAAUCGUAGAAUUGAGACACCUCCUUGAAAUUGCCGAGAGCAACUAUAAACACUUGGGAGGAAUAACAGAAGAAGAUGUGAAGCAGAAGAAAGAACAGCUCGAGUCUGAAAAGACUAUCAGAGAGCUGCAGGGCCAGCUGGAGUACGAGCGAUUACGCAGAGAGAAGCUGGAAUGUCAGCUGGAUGAGCAUCGAGCGGAGGUGGAUCAGCUCAAGGAGAUGCUGGAAAAAGCUCAGGUCCCCAGCUUUGUGGCUGUGGAAGAUGACAUUUCCUGUGACUUAAGCAAAGAGAAGAGGCGAGUGAAGAAGAAGGUGUCUUCUGGGGGAGUUUUUGUGAAAAGGUACUAAUCAGUAGAUAGCUUUAAAUAAACUUGAUUUUUUCUAUUUUUAAAUAGAUAUAAGUGUAAAUCUAUAUAAAUUCAUCUCAGAAUUACUCUGAUGCGCAGUUAUUCCAAUUCUGAAGGCAGAAAUAUGUUACAUAAUGUCAAAGGGAUUAAAAUUACAUGGACUCAGUUGUAUUUCCCCUCCCAAUAUACUUUUCAUAUAUUUAUGUGGGCAAGUCAAAACUGUGAAUUAUUAAUUUUUCCAGUAUUCACAUAAACUUUAAAAUGUAAUGCAGUUAGUAAUAAAAAGGUUUAGUUAUAUAUAUUAAAGAUUAUUGAAAGUUCUGUUAUGGCUUCAUAAUAAAUUAUAUUUCUU